AUGCCGUCCCUCACCACCCUCCCACAGGAGAUCAUCGACCUCGUCCUCCCCCUAAUCAACCCAAAGGACUACGCCUCCUGCGUCGGCGUCAGCAAGGAAUGGCACACUCUCUUCACUCCCCUUCUCUGGCGAGACAUCCGCGUCGUCGACGAAACCAUAAACGAACGCUUCAAAACCAGAGAAGCCCGCCACGCCCUCGUUCGCAACGCUCUACACCUUCGUACCGUCGAGACCACCGACCCAGCACUCGUCUGCUGCCUCCGCAGCUGCAUGCCACCCACCAUCAACCUACAAUCACUCACCAUCCGCUUCAAGAACCAUCCCGUCUCCACUGUCACCGAGCUCGUCAUUUCCGACAAAGUUGUCCUUCGACCAGGCCCGUUCACUGGCGACGAAACCAGGGAAACUAUGGAUAUCCGCCGCUGUGCCGGCGAUGUGAUCCGACUCCUGCAGGAUAACUCGGACCUACAACACCUGAGCCUGGACGUGGAUUGCUUCCGGUACAAGGAUGGGAAGGAGGGCUUUCCGGACCUCGUUGCAGCCAUUCCUACCGCCAAACUGGAGAAGCUCGAACUCUCAUUCCUUCAGUCAAUCCCCUUCGACAGGGAGAUCAACAGCGUCAAUGACGUGGAACUCGAUGCGAAGAAGGUGAAUCAGUACUAUCUGGCCGAGCGCGCUCCUUUUUUCGCCUUGAAGGAGGUCGUUAUUACUGGAGGAUGUCAGAAUUACAUGGAUCCCAACCUACUGUUUUUCCUGAUGCGGUGUCCCAGUAUGGAGACGCUUCGCCUCCACCGUCUGGACGAUAAGGCCCUCCAGACCAUACCUUCAUUCAUCGAAUUUUCAUGCCACAAGCUGGUCAACCUCGAGUGGAGGAAGAGCGUCUACGAUGAUGAGGAUCUUAUUAUACGUCUGAUACGAUCGACCAAGCUUGGGUGGAAGGAGUUGCGACUGCCAGAUUUGCUUAUGUUUAGCACCGGUGCGUUGGAGGCAGUGAUGGAGCAUACCGAGACGCUGGAGGUGUUUCGGUUCGAGAGCUCGGACGAGAUUCGGGAGGAUGCGUUUUUGGAUCUGUUGUGCUCCGCCAGGAAUCUGAGACGGCUGGAGGGAAUUGUGGAUCGACAGAGGAAGAGGUUUACGACGGAGGUGAUGGUCCAUGCGCAGGCAGCCUACUCGGAGCAUGUCGAUGGCGGGGUGGAUCGGUCAUGGGCGUUGGGGCCAUCAAUGGAGCAUCUUCAGCUUCGGAUCGAAGGCGUUCCACGACCAGAUGUGGUGUGCCGACUGAAUGGAAGCGAGCUUAUGUUUCAGCAGACAGGACUGGAUCCCACUUUGAGGUUCGAUGUUCAGCGGUGGAUUUACACUCAACUAAGCAGGAUGACAGGACUGGAAGAGCUCAUUCUUGGUCUACAAGAUCUGAGUAUACGCACAAUGAAUUUCGCAGGCGUGGACUCGUCAAUGAGCCUAGUUGCGAUGGAGGAGGCGGCGCUGCUAAAUGGUAUCCGCAUGUUCAACUACCAGUCUCUGGAAUUUUCGUUGGAGAGCGGGUUGGGUCUGUUGGCUGGGCUGAAGGAAUUGCGGAUGCUGGAUGUAAGGUCGACUGCUCAUUAUAUUGGAGUUGCAGAAUUGGAGUGGAUGCAUAGGAAUUGGCCCAAGCUGGAGACGAUCAAGGGUUUAGAGUCGGAUCGGAGGUGGUCUGUUUACCAUGCGGACGGACCUGCUGCUAAGGCUGCUGUGGAGGCAUGGAUGGCUGCCCACCCACGUGGCAUUGGGUCUUCUUUUUACUUGUAG